AUGCAACGAGUGUGCAUCUUAUUUGUUGUAGGAUUAAUUGCGUGUGUUCUUUCGGACUCGGAUGAUGUUGCGGAAGACAAAACCAUUUCUGCAAAAUCCACAAAAAUAAAAAAGAAAACGCUUCUGAAACCAGUUUCAAAGAAAGAAACAAUGGCCAUGAUUAAAAAGUUGUCAAGGGCAUUUAGAUACACUAUACACGAGAAAAAAGUUACCCCUCAAUACCGUUGGCUCUCGGAAGGGCCGACCGGGAUGUCUUUUGUAUCGAAGAAAAAGGAAAUAUCAACAAAUUCAAAGGAAAAGAUAGAUAAUACAGUUCCAAAUUUGAAAAAUCAAUUCCGCUUAUUUCAUGGGGAUGAAAAAUUUAACCAGUUCAAAGGCAAUGCUAGAAGGCAGAAACCUGCAAAGAAAGACUUUACAUUAAGGAUAGCCAGCGACAGUGAUGAUUCAAAGGACAAAAAAUUAAAACAAGAAAACACUUUGAUGAAAGAAAUUAUUCGUCUUAAAAGCAUCGCUUCCCUAGCACCUAAUGCAAAGGAUAUUUCUCUAAUUAUACGGAAAAAAGAUCCAAGUAUAAAAGAAAGGAGUUUCUACGUGUUCUUUGAAAAUUUGAAAAGUGUUAACAAGCAUAAUUUCCGUUUAACCCCUGAUAACAGAAGCAGUAUUUGAUCCCGUACGAAGAAAAAUGUUUUCCACCCUAAAUUUUCCUUUUUUAUAAACACUUUAUUAAUAUAUAUUUACAAACUACAUUUCAAGAUAAAUAAUAUAAUUUAUGC